AAAUGAGGUGUAUAUACUGCGGUAUCACAUACUCAAGUAGGCAAUGAAGUGCACAAUACGCCCAAGAAAAUGGGAUGGCUCAGAUCCCCAGUUGUGCUUAGCAAGUGAAGCCAUUGCGAGCGGAUAUGCGACAUUUGAUCAGCUCGUGGAGAUGGAGGGGCGAUGCUUCCCUGUAGACGAAGCAGGCACUCACGAGAGCAUGGGGCUGCGUCUCCGAGAAGCUGGCGACUAUUUCACUGCUGUACACGAUGGUGAAAAGGUGAUUGGUUUCAUAAACGCCACAAGAUGUACAGAGUUCCUGGAAGAAACCAUGUCUGACCACGAUCCCAAAGGCUCCAUACUGGCAAUCCAUUCCGUGGUCUGUGACUUGCCCUAUCGACGAAUGGGUAUUGCUCAUGCGAUGCUUACUGCGUACGUAGAUGUCAUGACCGCGAAGCACCGAGACAUUAAGACCAUAGCAUUGAUUGCAAAGGCGUAUCUGGUAGGCUUCUAUGUCAGCUGUGGAUUCGUGUGCAACAGUCUAUCGCCCAUUGUACACGGCGCGGAUCCUUGGUUUGACUUCUCGCUUGAUACGGAUAGCUAUCGUCGUCAGUCAUACGCUGUUGUGGACGCCUUCGUUACAAAAUCAGUCACUUCACUCGAUACCUACGCAACAACCGGCAAUCCUGCCGCGAUUGUUUGUCUGCCGAGAGAUUCGAAGAAAACUGAUGCGUGGAUGCAAGGCUUAGCGCUUGAAAUCAACCUGAGCGAGACUGCAUAUGUUCUACCAUUAACAGAUGAUAGAGUGUGCAAUGAGUGGCAGUUACGCUGGUUCACGCCGACUGUUGAGGUUAAAUUAUGCGGACACGCGACACUGGCCAGCGCUCACCGCCUGUGGGAGUCCGGUCAAGCCGAUACUGCAAAACCUAUCAGAUUCCAUAGUGUACACUCGGGUAUCCUUGUCGCCCGCUGCGAACAAAAGCUCGAUGAGCUCAUCAUUACGCUGGACUUCCCUAUAGAUGUUGUCAAGCCUCUCGAUGACCUGUCGGAGUCGUACCGCAAUUUCAUCACAGAGGCUCUUGGCCUUAAAGAUUGGCAAGUGGCGAAUAACAAGUCUCCGGUGGUUAGAGUGGCCGACUCUCGCUACCAAAUUGCCGAGAUUAGGCCUGAAGCUUUCUCCAGUAUCGAACCACAAUACGGUGUCAUGGCAAGAUUAGAGGGAAGCGGAAGAAGUGCACUGAUUGCCACCACGGCAGGUGAUGUGCGCAAUGGAGACGCUCAUUUCACGAGCAGGUUUUUCGCUCCAAAUCUGGGCGUGUCUGAAGAUCCAGUGACGGGCUCUGCUCACUGUGUCCUAGGUGCCUUCUGGCGGGAGUACCUACAAUGGAAGACUAUGUCAACGACAAAGUCUGGCGCGUCAUCCGACAUGAUCGAGAUGAUUGCUUAUCAAUCCAGUGAACGCGGAGGCGAUCUCACUCUGCACGUCAGCCCGAAUAAGCAUGACAACGAACGUAUAUACUUGUCGGGUGUUGCUGUAUCACGGAUGCAAGGGUCCAUAUUGUGAUAACUUUCUAAAUAGGAGGCGAUAAUAGCUGGGUGCAGCACAAAGUAUAGUUUGGGUCACAAGGCAACAAUAAAUAUGGAACUCUGCCGAGCCUCAGCAAGGGGUACGCGUUCGAGUUCGUAAACCCGUGCCGCAGGUGUCGCCGUGUAGCGAGUGCGAUAUGAACGUCGAACUUGGUUGGUUAUAGUAAGGCCCGAUAUUUCUCUAUACCUCGUUGCGUCUAAUCACUCAAUGUUUGCUCGUGAAAUCGAUGUGUAGCAGCAUCGUUCAAAUCCAUUUUUCAUGACCGAGAUCAUCAUCCGAGUAUUAAAUUGUUGUCCCGCGAAGGGGGCUCAUAAACUGAACCACCAUAUCUGCGAGACAGUUGAAAUUCCACCUUCCUCCCAACAUAGAGUACAACUUUUGUCGCACACGAUCGCC